GAAAAAAAAAAAUCUGGCAACUCUAAUUUGUUGCUCUGAUUGAUUUAUCUGCAAUUUUGCAUAUGUAUUCAGUAUUUGUUCUUUCAUACUUUCUUCUUUUAUUAUGUUAAUAAUAAAUAAUAGCUAUUUUAAUAAGAAAUAACGUGUAAUCGUGUAAAAGUUUCACAGGCCAUUUUUCCUAGCUUAAUGUAUAUAAUUUAAUGUAUUUAAUGAUGAACGAGGAAGACAAGAAAAAUAUAAUUCAAGACCUUAAUUUAAAAAUUGGAGGCGAUAUUAAUGAUUUAUCUAAUGCUUAUGAAAUAGAAAAUGAACUGGUAGUGCGAAGAGAUCAACUUCAAAGCUCUUUACAUGUAGCAAAUAAUUUAGUACCUACCAAAUUAUCGUCAGCAAUAAUAAAAGCAGAAAGGAAUUCAACACAAAUCAAUAAUCUGAAAAACAAAAGUCAAACAUUGAAAUUAAAAGUAGAAAGUUUUUUACAAAAAACGGAACCAUUAAGAGAUGAGUUGAACAAGAGAUUUACAGCCAUAAACAAAUUAGAACAAACUCUGGUAUAUCUUAAAUCUUUUGAAAAAAUUGAAGAAUUGAGUCGUCAAAUGAAACAGUGUAAUGAUGAUGAACAGUUGGUCUUAUCAUAUGGAGAACUGAAGGAAAUGUGUAAACAGUACAAGGUGGGCCACAGAGCUACAUAUGUCAGAGAAUAUGUACAUUACUGGCAUAAUAUUCUUAAAGAUAAGCUUACUAAGCACUAUGAAGAUGUAUUAAAAUUACUAAAAUGGCCAAUCACAACAGCUGCAGAGAAUUCUCCACCUCCUAAAGAUGUUUUGAUCAGAUUCAGUAAUCUAACUAGAUAUUUGUUUCUUAUUGAAGAACCUGAGGAUAUGCAUGUUAACAUCAUUUCAGAAGAGGUCCAAGAGCAAGAUCCCUGUCUUCCAGUCAGAAUAUUAUUACGGCCUCUAAAAAAGCGUUUCACAUUUCACUUUACGGGCUCCAGACAAACUGCUAGGAUUGACCGUCCUGAGUGGUUCCUUACUCAAACACUGACGUGGAUUAAAGACCAUCAAGGCUUUGUUAAGAACUAUGUACAGCCUGUCGCUGAUAAAUUGCAAUUGAAAAAUGUUAAAACAGUGGAUGAAUUUAAUGCAGGUCUAAUAUCAUUAGCUGCAGAGAGACUCCAUACAGUAUUGGGAUUAUAUCACACACAAGGAACUAAAGGUGAAUUAGUAGAUGUGGACGCAGCUUUCGCGCAUGCUGUGGACGAAACUUUAGGAUUCCAUAGGGAGUUAGUUACUAUAACAGGCAAGGAUGGAAACAGUGUGCUCUCUGUGCUGACGAAAGCAGAGACCUUUGUUAGAUGGCUGGCUGUUGAGAAAAAGUAUGCUCUCGCAAAGAUGGACGAGACUCUAGGCAGCGAACAGUGGUGCGAGCCAGUGGCUGCUGGUGUCAGCUCGGCUGUUGGUACCGUGCUAUGGGUGCCACGAGGCGCUGAUUGGUUUAUAGCACUAUUGAAAACUAUUGAGGAUCGGUACGCCGUGUUGCCGCAGCCUGGUCAUCGACUCCAGUUCCUGGAACUGCAACUGGAGCUGGUGGAGGAGUGGCGCGUGAGGCUGACGCAGCUGCUGAGCGCAGCGUUGGCGACACUGAGCGUGGACUCGCUGCUGACGGCCGACGCGGGGCCGCACGCGCUCACCGCCGUCGUCAACGCCGCGCACCACACCCGCACUGUCCUGCUGCAGUGGGCACACUCACUGCACUAUCUCCAACUGCACUACUAUCGACGUCAGUUUCAACACUUCACACAGCAACAGCACCGCGACGAUGAUACAGAAUCAUCGUCGAGUUCUGAUGAUGACGAGGAAGAAGACACGGAUGACGAUCUCAUUAAGAAAUCAUCAAAGGCUGAAGGUGAAUCUGAUGAAACUAUGUCUUUAAAAGAAGUAGAAGUCCGUGCGAAGAAAUUAGCACUGAAUGAAGUUACCAGAAGAGAUUCAGUGGUUAUGGAAUUAAAUCAAUUUGAUAUUACAUCUCCGAUCGCAAACUUAGCAGUAACUGAGCCCCUAUCAACUAUGGGCGCGGAAGGAGCAGGAGGAGUUACGGAGGAGGCGGGAGUGUUCGCAGAAGCACCAGCGCUACUAGCACAUUUGCGUGACGCUGGUCUCGCUGCCAUAGCUGAUCACAUUCUGCUCGAAUUCAAAGCCUCACUGAGAGAUUACAAGAAACAAAAAUGGCAUGCAUGGAUGAUGGUAGAGGAGAUGGCGCUCUCGGUAUCGGCUGCGCUGUGCCGUCCGCUGGCGGCGCUGCUGGCGCGCGUGUCGACCGCGCAGCAGCGCCUAGCGCCCCCGCUCGCAGUGCGGCUGCGAGCCGCACUUGCACAUCACAUCGAUGACUACAUAUUUGAGGAGGUCGUUUUAGAAAAUUGGUUCAACACAGGCGGAACAGUGCAGUUCACACACGACGUUAAAAGGAACUUAUUGCCGGCUUUUACGCCUCCCAACAAAGUCGCUUCACAAGUGAAUCAGUUGCCAAAAUUAUUAGAAGCGUGUAAACUUCUUAAUAUGGACUACGACGAUGCUCGGCGACUGCGCGCCAGCUUGUCCAAACAACCCAACGCUGCAGUCGAAAACUUAUCCUCUCACAAUAUCCGACACAUGCAACCCAAUGAAGCCUUGCAAAUACUAAACCAGAGAACGGACCUUAGUGAUUCCACUUCCCCGGCUUCAGUUAUGGAGCUUUUCUGAAAUUUUGAAGGAGGAGGCGUCUAAAGUGCAUAAAUUCAUGUGAUAUGACACUGUAUAACUAGCUUCGACUAAUAACAACAAGGUUCACAAUCAGCAUUCGAGAAUGUCUUUUAUAUGGAAUAUGAAUAUUCUAACAUAUUAGAUAUUUACUUGAUAACCACAGCUGGUUGACGGUGCUCAUAUCAUAAUAGCUGAUUGCUUGCACGCUAUCUUAGGUCAACAAUAACUUCUAGAUGUCCACACAAAACAUCAAAAAUAGUCGAGCAAAUAAUGAAAUAAAGAUUGUGUUCCUAUUUUUAAUAUUUAAAUUAAAAUUACACAUUAUCAUUGAUAUUUAAAUUUUAAAUUAUACAUCAAAAUCUUUAAACAUUUCGACAAGGAUCUCCAAUCUUGAAUAAAAAUAUCGAUAUGUUGAAUUCGGUUCGAAUUUUCAAAUAGAUCCAUGAAAAAUCAACUUUAAAAAAUUUUACGUAAAACGAUUGCUCUUUUUGUAUUUGUAAUUUUGAUUAUAUAAACAAUUAUUAAAACGACGCCAUAUGCCUACUUGAAUUUUAUUUAAGUUCGUAAGGCGUUAUUUGGUGAUGUUAUAUUUGAAUUCUGUUUCAUUUCUUGAAGGUGUAUCUAGUUGUUUUGUUGAUCGAUGUACGCCAUGUAUACAAUGGCAGCGUGACCUGCGUUAGUUAGUGAAUGCUCAAGCGACUCCGCAUUGGAGUAUAGGCCUCCUCCUUUAUAAAGCUUUUAUAUUACUUCUAAACUUAUAAAUACAUUUAAUAUGGCUAAUAUAUGAAUGUUAAUGUAUGGAUACCUUGUACUAUGGUGUUAUUAUGUAUAAAUAUAGUUCAUGGAAUAAUUUGCUAGAUGAAUUUUCUAUAGAACUAUUUUGGCAAUUGUUAUAAGUAAGUAUUUAAUUACUAUUAUAAAAUGCAGUCAUUAUAAAGCAUUAUUUUAUUACUUACAGGGUUAUAAGUUACAAGAAAAAACUUAGCGAAAUUUUUCUAAUAAAGACUUUAAAGUUCAACUUAUUGUGAAGUACCUAAAGAAAACUAUUAUUUUAAUACUACUAAUGCUCAACCAUAAUUGAUAAUAUUCUAAUCGAUGUUUAAUAAACUAUUCACGCGACGUCUCCUAUUUAUGAACAUUAGAAUAUAAUUCGAAAAUUUUGAUGUUAAAAACAUUCCUAUUAUCUAUUUAAUUUUUUUUUAAAUGAGAUUGAUUGUUUUGGUACCACAUAGGUGCUAUAUAUUGUGUUACUAUAUUAUUAUUUUUGUACUUACAUUUUUUAUACAGAUUUAGCAGUUUAGUUUCUAAUUAAUGUUAUAUUAUUCAUAUGUUAUGUUAUAAUCUGUUUUUUAUACUUUUUAUAUAUUUAGUAGAUAAUCUUAUCAAAAUAACCGUGUAUAAAACAAAUGUGCGAAUUAACAGAUUAAAUAAUAAUAUAUUUAUGUUAUAUACUAUUUUGUAACAUUAUUUUUGUUUGUUCAAAAUUGGUCAUUUAACAAUUUUGAACAAACAAAAAUAAUAAUGAUACAAAAUAUUGAGAUACCUUACACGAUGCAAAUACACGCACAAGUUUGUUAACUAAAUAUACCCAGUAUAAAAAAUAGAUUAUUUAUUUAUUUAACACUUAAUUGCACCAACAUAACAGGAUUUGUUGAACAAUUUUCAAUACGUAUAGUGUAGUAUAAAAAGCGGUCUUAUUGCUAAGCAAUCUCUUCCAGACGACCUUUGGUUAGAAGGAAUUAAAGCAUAAAUAGGUAGGUGGUAGUCAUUCAGUAGUAAAGAUAUCCUACUUGUAGGGUGAAAAACCAAUUUUACUGCCAAAUUUUAAUGCAUAUCUUUUGAUUUGUAUAGAAAGAAAAGUACUGUAAUUGUUUUUACUGUACUACUCUAAUAGAAUUGGCAACAAUUACUUUUUUUAAAUAUUAACUUCCUGACUACAGUUUAUGUUGUAGGUACCGUGUUGUAGCUAAUUGAUGCAUUGAAACAAUUCGACAGUCAAGUGACUUCACUAGUGUUUAGACUGUUAUCAAGUAAUUGUAAUGUUUUGAACAUUAAUGUGGUGUGGUGUGUGGUUUGCUUUGUGUGAAUGAAUUCCUAACUUCGAUUUCGGGAUAUGUCAAUUUUCAAAAUUGACUCAGAUGUAAGUGUUCUGCGUUGUGCUCCCACAUUUUCGUUAUCAGAUUUCUCAUAAACAGAAUAUCUUAGCUUAAGAUCCAGCCAAUUGUGUAGCACUUAUGUAUUUAAUAUAUUCGUGUAUAUUUAAUGUAAAUAAGUUAUUAUAUAAAAGUAAUAUAUUGUUAUUGUGAA